AUGUUGCACAAGAUUUAUUCAGAUUUGCCCAAAAUAAAGUGGUGUCAAAUUCCAGUAAAUUUAAAUUUGACAAAAGGGAAAACUACAAAAUCAGUUUAUUAGUGGCAAAAGGGCAGUUAACAUUUUUACCACUGUUGUAAAAUCGCUCUAACAAACGGUUACAGCAUACUUCAGAUUUUUGUAGCCUAUUCUUAUUCAUGAAGUGCAAAAACCAGGGAGAGACAUUUGCUGUGCCACUGAGUGGUCGUCACGCUCUAUAUGAUGGUAGCCGCGUUGGAUCAAUGUCAAUGCAUCAUGGCCAUCUGUGUGUCAUCUGAGUGUGCUAUGAUGAACAGAGGGCUCUAAUUUACAGCACCGCUGAUUGGCACAUCCGCUUGGUAAAUAGGUCUAAUUGUCUUUUGCUCAAGAAACCUAACUUGAAGGUCUGAAUACUUAAUGUGUUUUCUCUGCCCCAAAGGUUCACUGCAUGUCAAAGGAAAGGCAUAAAGUAAUAUCGCAAACCCACAGUGAGUCAUGUGCACUGAAUCCAAAUCCAAAUGCAGUUCUGACUAACCUCACGUGUGAAAAUGCUGAGUGGCCGUUCACGGUUCAUUAGAAAAAAGAAAAAAAAAUGGAGCAAGGAAGAAAAAGAAACUUACACUUGCUUCAACACUAAUGAAAUACUGCAGCAAUGAGCCCCUAAAUAGGAGCUGGGUGGCUUACCACCAACUUAAUCUCUGCUGAAUGCCCUAGGAUCCUUUUCAAACUCGUCUUGGGCCCCCUAGCUCAAAAGAAAAAGGACAGAGUGAAAGGAGGAGUGGCAGGGGCUGCGGCGGUGUAGAGAAACACAAUAGGCUGACUGUCAGUGAUCCACAGUGCAUGGCACAGAUCCAAGUGUGUUAUACAUCCACAGCAGUACAGGCAAGGUGAGAGAGACUUAAACCUGUGCAGUGCGACAGAGAGACAUGCACUACAGCUAGACAUGAGGGGAGGAGAGACGCACAAUUGAUGAGCAGAGGAAGGCAGAUGCAGAAAGAGAGAGAGUACAACUCAAACAGUACAUGAAUAUGCUCUAGGGUGGGCAAAUGUGUGUGAGAGAGAGUGACAGAGAAAGAGAGAGAGGUAGAAGAGGAGGGGGAGUGUUGCAUGCUGUGCCAGUCAGCAUAAAAUGAGAAAAGAGAGAGUGUUGUAUGGGUAGUGGUGCGUUUUUCCUCCUUUUCUCUUCCUCACACUCACUCCGAUGGUGGAUUAAUACAUCUUUAUGCGCACAUCUCUCAGGGGAUCGAUCACCCGUCACAAUGGUGUUCAUCUCGACCACUCUUAAAUCUGUCAUUAAGUACUUCAAAAAGAAGGCAGUGUCCAGUCUAGAUGAGGAGAGCAAGUGGUCUGUGCACUACACAGCCCCCUUGCACCAACAGGAGAAUGUCUUCGUGCCAGGAUCCAGACCAGCCUGCGUUGAGGACCUUCACCAUCAGGCCAAAGUCAACCUGAAAACAGUCCUCAGAGAGUGUGACAAGCUCAGGAAAGAUGGAUUCCGCAGUUCUCAGUACUACUCCCAAACCUCUGCAACCAGCCUUUGUGAAAAUGUGCACCUGGAUGAGGAGAAGACAGAGAAGAAAAAGAAGGAUUCAGAGUCACCUAAUGAAGAGGAGAAGCUUGUGUACUCGAUGCCUCCUCAGACCCCUCUGCUGGAACAUGACAUGGACAUCCAGAGAAGCUGGACCAGCUGUUUGCCGUUGCCCACUCCCGAGGAGAAGAUGAAACUGCAGGCCCAGUCGGUGGCCACUGAUAUCAUUCCCAUCAACAUUACAGGUGAGAACUUUGAUCGUCAGGCCAGUUUCCGUCGCUCUGCAGCAAAUACUGAUACCAUAAUACGAAGACCCAAGAGGGUGCAAAGAAGAAAGACAAUAACAGGAGUUCCUGACAACAUCCAGACUGAACUAGCAAAUAAAGAACAAGAUGACAGAAUUCACUCUAUGUGUAUGGCAGAUCAGUACUCCACCCUCAGUCGAGUAGGAAGCGUAAACUCCACCCUGAGAUGCUUAAACACCCGUGACUCCAGCUGCCAAACAGAAGAGGUGAAGAUUGUUCCUCCCUCAGUACGCAGAAUCAGAGCACAGAGAGGCCAUGGAAUUGCUGCCCAAAUGGCCAGCGUCUCCUCCUCAAGCAGCAUUUCCACCAUGAGUGACUGUAAUGAUAUCAGUUACACUCAGCUUAAUGACAGUGAUCAGAGCUUUCACAGUUUGCCACGCCAAGGUUCUCACAUCGUGCAUCAGCACUGUGAACCAAAGUACACCAGCUCCCCCUACAGGAUAAAUUCUGGCUCUACAAGCUCCUUGUCCUACCAGUUUGACAUGCAGCAUGGUUCUUCAUCAUCACUGCAUAUGCUGUCCGAUUCCAGAAGCAGUACAUUAAACAGCCCCAAACUUGCUGAAAAUCCAAAUGACCAAGGCUCUGAUAAAAAUAAUAGCCCAAGCUUGUUCAGUCUCAGUGGUGCACUACAGAACUCCAUUCUUUACGGACACAAAAGAACAGAGGAUAAUCAGAUGCAAUCACCUCAAUCUUCAGCCCAGUUGUUUAGUACUGCUGAUGCCUCAUUGUCGGCUGUCUCCUCCUGUUAUGAAUCCACAACCUCCCUCUGUACAAGCAUCCUCACAGAGACGGAGUCCCAGUGCAGCACACUUGAUGGCAGAAACUGCGGCAGUCGUAACUGUGUCCGCAGGGAUUCCAACUUCUCGGAGAGCAGCAAUCAAAGCUGCAGCACUCUAACCACUGACCAGUGGACUUAUGACGUUUCUCCAAAAGACAAGGUCACCUCAAGCUGCUCCUCAUCUGUCAGCCAUGUAUACACCAGUGAGGAACAUUCUACCAGCAAGAUGGACUCAAACUCAUUGUUUUCUGUUGACAAUGAAGGAUUCUACAGCUCCAUGCACCUGGACUCCGGUUUGAAGUCGCAUAGUCAUGACUCCAUCAAUAAAGCGGGAGAUGCAAGGCACAGUUUGUAUGAGUGCAAGGACCACCACAGUCAAGGGGAUCGUGCAAGUCUGCACAGCAACCGCUCCCUGACUCGCAGCAUUUCCCUGCGGAAAGCCAAAAAGCCCCCACUCCCUCCAGCAAGGACUGAUUCCUUAAGGCGCAAACCUCAGAGGAAGACUCACCACAAUGGUUCGGUCCUUAGUGAGCAGUUGAUUUCUAGUCUCCAGCAAUCCUUAGAGCUUAACCUAAAAACUUGCUCUGAACAGGCACCCUGCAAUGGGUUUGAAGACCCUUGGGUACUCCGACCCAGAAGCCAGAGCACCAUAAGUGCAGCAAGCAGUGGAAUGUCUGCACCAGCUGCUGUUUGUCCGGUCACACCUACACACAGUGAUAGCAGCAGUCAGCGCUCAGACUAUGCAGAGUCGUGGGACUUCUACAUGGAUUACCAAGGUCCACGGUCUGACCAGGGUCUCUCCUCCCAAAUCAGAAGAUCUGCAAGCACUGAGGAGAAUCAAGUAAUCAUGGGCAACGCAGCCUACAACAUCGGAUUCCCAUCGUCCCACUGCAACAGUAGUGGGAUUCAGUCAAAAUUGGCCUCAUCACCUGACAAGGUUCAUCGCCUGACAUCACCAUCAAGUGGUUAUUCAAGUCAGUCCAACACUCCGACUGCAGGCACCCCAGUUACUUCUCUAAUAAGAGCAAAAUCACCUGCAGGGAAGCUGAAACCAAAAGUGCCUGAAAGAAAGUCCUCCCUGCGGUCUUCUGUGUCUUCCUCCUCUACAUCCUUGUCCUCUAACACCUCAGAUUCCAUCAGAAACAUACCGCUACCUCCACCUCUACCUGACAUGACCAUUACAUCAUGUGAAUCACCCAGCCCUGCUUCUUGCUCUCCAACAGCAGCUAUGGUAGACUCAACCCCACCUCUUCCUUUUCUACCCGACUUAUCCUCUGACUUGGAAGAGAGACAUAAUUCACUUUCAGAUUCAUCCAAAACAUCUGAAAAUUUUGACACUAUUGAUUUCCCCCCUCCCCCACCAAAGAUCUCUGAAUCUCUGUCAAGCAAUGGAGGUAUAAAAAGUCCUCCACCUCCUUCACCUCCUCCUCCUCCACCAUUACUUGAGAUGGGUCUUCAAACAGCAGCCAUUUUGAACACAGAGAGUUGUCCUACAUUUAAGAAGGCUGUGGAAAUUGAAAAAGCAAUUAACAUCAACCACACUGAAGAGCAAGAGAAGACUCAGAGACCAAUAAUCACUGCCCAAGCUCUUCAGAUGGUGCAGCUAAGACCUGUCAAGCUCAUGCAAAAAGAAGAUAUUUUAACAUCAGUCAGUUUUGAUGAUUUUGAUGACCAAGCACAUAACCGUUUUAAAACAAACUUAGGAAAGUCCCUGGAAAGUGACACUACAGAUCAAACAGGGACUGCCUUCUGUGAUAGUCAGUCAGAAAAUGGUAUGGAUGCAUCCGAACAUGAAUAUUUAGUUAGCAAAUUUCUACAAGAUUUCCCUGAGGUAUCAACUGGUUCUUUACUUCCUGGCCCAGAUGAACAUGUCAGGAAUACUGGCCAGAAUGUUUUAGUGCACCUCUCUGAGACAUCUCCAGUUUUAUCUUCCCAUGAGCUUCUGCAAUGCACAAACUCCUCAGCUUCUUCUCAAAGUUCUCAGCUGAAACAGAAGCCUCCUAUAUCAUCUAAGAAACCCAGUCUUUCCCUUAUUAUAUCACCCAUUAUGCACCCACCUGUCUCUCAUGGACUCAAGCUUCAAAAGGUUCAUGGAGCGCAAGAAAUUCUUGAGUCAGGGCAACUGAGUGGCACAUCCUCGAAAAAUACAGUUAAUAUGCAAGCAAUUCCUUUGGACCUAGAGGUUGAGGAAGAGAGUGACUCAGACUCUUCAACCCCUGUGGUCAAAGGCAGACAGUCUCUUAGCAGUGAGUUGUCAUCAAGCAGUCUGCAAGACCUGCAACUCUCUGAUCUCAUUCUUCAUGAGCAUGACCUCAGCCUGAGUGAUAAGGACUUUGAGCUCUGUGAUGAUAAAACUACAUCAGAUGAUGGUUCAAGCAGCAGCUCGGGAUCCAUCAGCUUUAAAGAGGACGACCAUGAAGAAAAUGGUGCCGUGUUUGACUCGAGCACUGAAAGCGCAUCUAGCAUUAACGCUAACGGAGAGGCUGUGGGGGAGAUGGUGACGCCUGUUCGUCCCCGUACUACAGAGGACCUCUUUGCUGCCAUUCAUAGGUCAAAGAGGAAGGUACUGGGCCGUGGCGACUCUGAAGAGGAACGCUGCUGUAACUUCCUCCCGUCCCCACCUGUCACUCCAACAGGCUCUGGCCCCAGUCUAACAUCAUUUCCACGUCAGACCGGCUCCAUUCAGCGCAAUCUGCGGCGCUCAUCCACGAGCAAUGACAGUUUUAAAGCUCUGCUUCUGAAGAAGGGCAGCCGCUCAGAAUCCGGCUUCCGCAUGUCAGCCACUGAGAUUCUCAAAUGCACAGACCCCCGUUUUCAGAGGGCUAAUUCAGAGCAUGCACAAUCUGACGGACUGUGCACCUCUCCAACAAGCAGCAGGAGAGCAUAUGAAGAGUGGGCACGUACAGAGGGAGCCUUGCCCCGUCUUACCACUGGACUAACAACCCUAAAAUAUGGGCGUUCACGCACACCACCUUCUGCAGCCAGUAGCCGGUACAACAGCCGUAGUCGCAUUCCCAGUGGGCCAAUGACUGCCAUCUGCGAAAGAGAAGGAGAGAUGGCCGAGUCUACAGACUGCUGCAUUAGCGCUGAGAGUCAUUUUGCCCUGCCCAUUUCCUCCAGCAGCACGGUCUGUGCUCAAGGCAGCACUUAGGGCUGUCAACUCAAACCUAACGGCUUGUAAAAGAUAGCUGUCCAUUCAAUAUGAAGACCACAGAGGUCUAAACUCUGACUGGAAGGCCAUGCUUGUGCUGGCCAAUUGCAGUUCCCAAGGAAUAAGGGAGACGGGGGAAUGGGGGAAGUACUGUAAACUGUAGUUUUGCUCUUUUAUGUGAGUGAAAGCUUUCUCUCACAUAAAACAUUAGUGUUCUAAAAAAUGUGAUAAUAACAGAGGGUUACUGGUUUGUUGAAUCGAAUGUUCUUAGCUUGCUGUAUGCAGGUUAAUAAGGAAAU